AUGUGCCAAAAACUCUUCCGUAGCUCUGUUGUCACACAAUUACUCUCUGUCUGACGGAGGCUCACGUCCCGUAUACCACCCUAUAUAUAUAUACACCUUCAUAUCAGACGGGCUGAGGAGAAAGCGACAAGACGAGCUGCUAGGGGAAUGGCCGACCACUCCAUACGGAAGUACCACAAUGGGGAUUAUUUUGCAGUCCGUGAAUUGUUUGCCCAGGGAAUGUUGGGGUACGUUCCGGGCUCCACCUCGUACAUGUUGAAGCUCCCCCAAGUCUACGGCCCCAUCCUGGCCUCCUUCAUCACACUGCAGUUGUUUUAUCGCUCCUUCUUCCUGUCUCUCUUGGUUGUCGGGAUCUCCUUGGUUUCCAUAUAUUUUCUUAUGGCAUUUGCGUGUCGUAAAUUGGUCAAGGAAUGUCACAACGGUGACUUGCUAAACGUUGAAGAGUCCUACCUUCGGAGGCCCAACUGCUGCUUCUGGGUAGCCGAGUCCGGCGGUCGGAUUGUAGGGAUGGUGGGGGCCCGCCCUGGUCCCAACUCCAGCAGCGACAUGUCUCUACAGCGCCUGUCCGUGGCUGAAGACCAGCAACGCCGAGGGAUCGCCAAGGCCCUGUGCACGACGGUUUUCGAUUUCGCUCGCCAGCAAGGAUAUAAACGCGUCAUUCUAGAUACGUCAACUUUCCAGGUCAACGCUCAUAAACUGUACCAACACUUGGGCUUCAGGAUAACCAAAAUAAUACCGGGCCGAACCAGACUUGGACGGUUCGCAAAAAUGUCUGUGGUGUUCUACAGCUACGAGCUCUAGAUGGGAUAGAGGGACUGCUAUUGUGGUUAGAUACUGUAUAUGUUAAAGAUAUAGCGCAUCCGGAAAGUAUUCACAGUGCUUCACUUUUUCCACACUUUGUUAUGU